GAAACUAAAUUACACUGAACUUUAACCUUUCGACACAUGUUGUACACUAAUUUAUUAGCUGCGCAAAAUUAGUUUGUAAGAUCUUUUGCAUCUUAGAGUACAGUAUCUUACUGUAGUAUCUUUGGAUCUUCUCUUCUACUGCAUAAGAACAGUACCGUACAAUACUUGAACCGGGUACCACGUUUUUAUGGUUGCGCCGUUACAGUACCUCGGCGUAAGCACCAUACAAAAAACGCAGCUGGCACACACAGACACACUGCCUCGGACUUACUUAAUGUCUGGAAUCUGGAAGGCCGGAAGGUACACGUUGUCAGUACUGUACAGUAGAGGAUGUGCAUGGAGUUGUGCUAUUAUUGCAACAGAAAAGAGAUCAACCCCAAGAUUUCGUGUAGAAGUAAGUACAGUAAAACGAAGUCCUCUGCGAUCCACUUGAUAUGGGUUCGUCCGUCUGCAGCUUGAUGCUUGCAAUCUGCAGUGAAACAAAUGUUUAGGCGUUAGUGUCACAGUUCGUAAAUUUCUGGAGACACAUAGGGUACGCACUUACAUCGCUUCUACUACCUUUGCGAAGUUCGAAAUCGCGAUUUCACUUCCUUUGAAGUUUGAACAACACUUGCCAUAAGUAUGAUUUAUACGAUAUUUUUACGAUUCACAAUAUUUUUGUCCUUCUAAAAAUAUUUUUAAAUUUCUGCAGGUUAGCUAAUUAUUUUCUCAUAAUUGCAGUUUAACGGAUAAAGUAAGAAUCAUCAUUCACCAUUAACUGCAAAAAUAAUUACGUGCAGUUCUAUAACCUAUAUUAAACUUUUAUAAUUUUGGUUCAUUGUUUCUGUAUCAUUAUUUUAAUUGAUACAAUAAAGUCAUAAUAUACUCCGACGGGUAUAGAUGUGACGGGUUAUUAAACGGGCCGCAUAAGUACGUAUUAACUGUAAAUACGAGUAUUAGAAAUUUUAGGUAUUUUAGCCACAGGCAGACCAGAAUCCAGACAGACUCACAACAGCGCCGGAAACAGCUGUUACAUAUUAUUAGUUAGAUAGUAGAUACACAGGUAACUUCCGCAUGCGGCUAGGCGAUUGCGUAUUCCUCUAGUACGGAGUACUGAAUCCUUAAGCUUGGUGAGACAGCUUCUAGCCUGCCUCGGCUUUGGCGUAACGGAGCAGACUCAUAACGAAAAUACGUGCAGUAUUAAAAUUACGUACGUACUUGAUCUUCGAAGUCGCAUUAAUUUUUAGAAAAAUAAGGAGAACAUUUUGUACUGAAUUAACUGAAACGCCUGAAACUAAUAACAAAGUCAAAGUUAUUAAAAUUUAAAGAGUGGUCUGUCACUGUCUGUGUAAAAUUGUAACCUGACAGACUUCCAGUCUUGUACUUCGUUGCGUUUUCGAAAGUUUGUUAUCGUUAAUCGUUCUUUUAACUAUUUCUAAGUUCUGAAACAUAACAAGCUAUUGCUAAUGACAAGUGCACGACUACAGCAGCUACUGUACUGAUUGCAGCUAUGGAUUUUGGGAAAUUGUUAGAUUUGGCCAAAAAGAACCAAGACGUGAACAAGGAUCAAUUAAUGCGAUCAAAGGACCCUGUUUUAGAAUUUAAGAUGCCUGGAAGAGAGACGAAGUCGAAGCCUAAUUUGAGUGCGAUCCAGGCGCGUUUACAAGCUCACCAGGAACGUUUACGGCGCCAAGAAUUAGAGCAAACCAAGUCGAGCAAGACUCAAGCGCCCGGUGCGAGGCCUAAUCCUGUCGAUAGACCAGGACCUGGUCCCUCUAGGACUAACACUGGGAAUACUGCGAAACCAAAACCCAACCCUACGCCUUCUGUCGCAUCAGGAGCGACUAGACCGUCGUCUUCAACGGUUAAACAGUCAGAAAAGCCUAAUUCAUCUAAAUUACCUCUGCCUAAGCCUGUUGCUAAUGGAAAACCAGCGCCAGUUAAUUCGGAUAAACAGAUCAGACCGUCCAGCUCAUCCUCCAGAAUCUCAGAUCCCCAGCCUAACCGCCCAAAACCUGCUAAACCUUUAUCAAGCAAACCUGCGGCGCCUAAGCCUACCACGACCCCUGGUCUUUCAUUCCAGCAGAUGUUGAGGCUGGCGGAGAAGCAGCAGAAGGAGCCCGUUAAAGAUGACGUGCCUUUACUUGAUCCGCUGAAAAUGCGGGCUGCGACCAAGCCAGUUCCUCCGCCACCUCCUCCUCCGGCUAAAUCUAAACCGGAUAGUAAAAUCAGACCUGCUGUUGCGUAUUCUGGCGCUCAUAAUCCGGUUAAAGUUGCAACUGUGGGAAAAGCUAUGGAUAAAAAGCCUACGAAGCCCCCUUCUACUGUUUCCUCCAAAGCGGAUGUUCGUCAAGCGCCACACUCAAAUCAGCGACCAAAUCAGAUUGUUCAAAGAGGGCAAAGGCAGCCCGACGGCCUUAGUAACGGGAUGAAACGCAGUGAGACUCAGUCGAAGAACGUAAAGCCCGGAUCUGGUGGGAGAAUACCGCCGCUAAAAAAGCAAGACGAUAGAUUUUCUGGCCCUAAAAGAGAUCUUAAAAAUCCCCACCAAGUGUCGAAUGGGGUUAAAAGGGACAAUAGAGGAAAUCCAAUUGUACAGCGUGGUCAGCCUUCAGCCCCUAGUUCGUCUUCGUCUCAACAAAAAUCGGCGCCUGCUGGAAAACCUAGUAAAUUGCCACCGAAAAGUGGAGCUUCAACUUCGACAAUACGCCCAGCGCCCAAGUCUGCGUACCCGGAAAAAUUUGAUCCGUUCAGAGACAGCUUAAAAAAACGUCCUAAGCCAGUGCCUUCUACGCGAGAAGAAGACGAGGAUGAAUAUGACGAUGAUAUGGAUGAUUUUAUAGACGAUACACCGUACGAUGACGACUAUCGAAAUGAUUAUUCCGAGGAAAUUCGAAAAAUGUUCCGUUAUGACCCUAGAAGAUACGUGGGUCGCGAAGAUUUAGAUGAUAUUGACAAUAUGGAAAGCAAUAUACAUCAGCAAUGGAAAGAAGAAGCCAUAAGUGCCUACAUCGGCCGGAAAGAAGAUGAACGGGAGGAAGAGCUGGAACGCCAAGAAUUGGCGCGUGAGCGUGCUAGGAAAAAAAGCCAAGUCAGGAAGAUAGUUUAGUCAACGUACAGCGUGUUUUGAAAGCAUGACUAGUUUUGUAACCCAGUGUUCUUUCAUUUUCUAAUAUAGAUAUAAAUCUUUUAUUUACCGUCUGUUCUUUCUCGAAAAUGUUGUAGCUAUCGUGGAGUAAUUUAUAAUGUGUCUCAUUGUGAGAUUUCAACAGCGUUUCGCUAUCACUUGUUCAUAAAUGUCGUUCUAGUGAAAUUUUGACAGUUGAUGGUUGUUUAGUUUAAAAUGAUAAAUUGGAAUGCUUUGGUUAGCAAUGCAAAUGGAAGAUUUCUGAAUAAUAUUUUUAUGCACAUCAGAUGGAAGACUGAUUACCAGUUACUGUAAGCAUUAUGUGAAGGCCGCGUUAUUCGCGCCCGUUUUUGUUGGACUUUCCUAGCCGAAAAUGAAUAA